AUGAGCAUAAAAAAUAAGAUAGAUAUGAGUUUAGAUGAACUCAUAGAAAAGGAAAAUAUAAAAGCAAAUUUAAAAACCAAUGAAAAAAAGACGGUAAAUAAAUUUAUUGAAAAAAAUACAGGUCAGAAAUUUUUGCAUAGUAUUAUAAUAUCCAAUGUGAAUAGCAAAAAUUUAGAACUUUAUAAAAAAGAGUUUAGUAAAUUUGGGAAGAUAUAUAAUAUCUAUCAUGAUAAUGAAAAAAAAAUAACGUAUGUUAAAUAUGAUAAUAAAAAUUCCUGCGAUACAGCAAUAAGCACAAUGAAUAACCAGACAAUUGAUGGAGAUACUAUAACGAUUAUAUUGGGUAAAAAGAUCAUAGAUAAAAAAAACUCGAAAAACAUAAACCAGAAUAAUGUUGUUAUGAAUAAUAACAAUAAUAUGCAUAAUAAUAUGAAUAAUAAUAAAAUUAUCCAACCUUUUAAAAUGCCCAUGUAUAAUCCUAAUGCAUAUCCCCCACAUCCAUUUUAUAUGAAUAAUAAUUUUGCACCAUACAAUAAUAUACCCCCAGCAAAUGCUUACCAAAAUAAUUUCUUUGAUAAAAAUAUGGCACUUUAUAAUAAUUCUACGAAAAAUAUAUACG